UUUUUACUUCCUCCCCUCUCCUCUUCUCUCAUGGUAGUAACAAGAUCUGCUAUGGCUACCUUUUUCUUCUUCGAUAUUACCUCCCUCUAUUAUUUUUUUUAACAAAAAUGCCUCAUUUUCUCUCUUCUUCUCCUCCAGUCGACAUUUCCUUCUCUCUCCUCCAACAUCACAACAAUGGCAGCUGAAAAUUCUAGAUCCAUAACCAAUUUAGGUUUUACGUUUGCAGAACCAAGCUUCAAUGGCGGGAUAUGAUUUCAAUGAGUUACACAUGAGUUUAGGGUUCGAUAAUAAUUCGUGGAAGUUUUUUGUUAGGCCAAUCUUACAGUCUUCACACUCUCCUCACAUUUCUACUCAUCAAUUGAAGAGGAAAAUGGCAGCAGCUCAGCUUACAGCAGCAACCGUAUCGAGCAGAUGUUUACCCACUUUUGAAGGGCUUAGGUCUUCAUCGUUCAAGGUUUUUGCUUUUGUGCCAUCUAGACAAGGGCUAAGACAGAGGUCUUUCCGCCCUCUUGUUGUUAAAACUGCUACUGUUGUUCCCCCCAAGCUAUGCUUCGUGAUGCAUUCUUCAUUUAUGGCCCUGGUAAUUAUCUUUAUCCUUCCUAGAACUCCGAUUUCUUCAUAAUCCGUAUGUAUGAUAAUUUUGAUAUUUGACAAUUAUAAUUUUUCUUACAGUGAUACCAGAUUACAAUCUAUAGAAGUAAGUUUUGUGUUACAUUUUUUGUAUUCAACCCAUAUUUAUAUAACAAAAGUUGUUGAAGUAAGAAACCAAACUUGGUGGAGAUGCAACUCUUAUUGAAUAUGUGGGUUCUUAUCUAAACAUGCAGGUUCCUUUAGUCAAGCUGGACAUAUAGCUGGUGAUUCAGGUAUAUAUAUGCCCAUUUCUAUGGAGUUCUCUUUACGAAGAGCUGUCAACAACGGUUACUAGGAUUAGUGCAGGUGGAUUUGGAGAAGUCUUCUUCAUCUUAGAGGCGAGGACAACUAUUUGGAAUACUUUUCCAGCCUUGUGAAAAAGGCUAGACCAAUACAUGGUGUUGAUGCUGUAGUGAAGGCCAAUGGUGUAGGUGGCGAUGUACGCAUCAAGUAUUCGCAUCAUCCAGAGUUUGAAAGCAUAGCCAGGCAAUUUAGUAUUUUUGAAGAAUGGAAGGAUGGUGUCCCCAGGGCGGCAUACAAGGGAGUAGUAGUUUUCAGAUACCAGCUUCAAAGCGUGUCUUCCUUUUUGGACCAGAUUCACUACAACAACUUAGGAUAGAGAAAUCUUGAAUGUAUACAGGUUAGAGCCUAAACAAUUUACGAUUGUUCACUCCCCUCCCUGCCCUGCCUUGCGUUCCUAUUUGUAGGUCUCAUAAGAGAAGUAACCAGACAAAAUUUUUUAGAAAUGACUGAAAGAAGGGGCAUUUGGAGUUUCAUCAUGUUGUAGCUUGGUGUAGUUUUUAAAACUAUGUAAAUUAAUUUUUACUGUGAUGGCGUACGUGAAAUUUCAUGCGACACUAAUUAGAGAACAGUUUUUGCAAAUUCCAUUCGGCGAAUAUGUGAUGCCGUUUCAUGCUCUGCUAGAGCACCGGUUACGUGUUGUUCAUACUUGGCUACCUGUUGAACAGACACAACCAAAGUACAAGUGGCUCGUAAGAUUUUGUAAGGUUUCUCGGACAGUUGUAUAUCGGGUUGAACUCGUAGUUGGAAAGUAGUGUAGGUCUCAAUAUACAGACUCUUGUAAUCUUGCUACUCUAUAUGAUUUGUAAGUUCUUAUUUUUAUUACCAGGUGA